AUGGCGAUUAUCUCUGCGUACACCCUUAUCCGCACCAUCUCCUUAUUCCAUUUAACGCUCGCGGUGCUCUUCAUCAAGAAUCCCAAAUUGAUUGCCGACCAGAGCCUCGUUUAUGUGAUGGCUGAAUCUAUGCAGCUGCCUACACCACGAGAAUUCAGCAAACCGUCCUCCGUAACCGCCUUCAUCGGUGUCCUGUUCGCCUUUCUCGGUCUCUCUGACCUGACAGCGCUAUCUCUCCCCGACGAAAUGUGCGAACGGUUCUGGGGCACGCAGACGCCUGUUCGUCUUACCUUCCUGUUUGCGGUCACCGGGUAUACCUAUAUGUUCAAGGAAGGCGGCAUGUUUGCGAGCAAAGGUCGCCAGUACACGUUCAAUUCAGGGGACAAUAUGAAGAACAGCAUCAUAUUCACAUGGGGCUUUCUUGAGCUGGGUAUCUGGUUUUGGGUUUUUGUGAACCUUCGAGAUGAACGGCGGCAGAGGUCGGCCAAGUUGAUUGAGAAGAGGAAAGCUGAGCUCAGUAUAUGA